AUGGCGGGUCGGCCGAGAGUCUACUUCGACAUAACCAUCGCAGACCGCAAGGAGGGUCGAGUCGUCUUCGAGUUGUACAACGAUGUCGUUCCUAAGACCGCGGAGAACUUUCGAGCGCUAUGUACCGGCGAAAAAGGCAAGGGAAAGCAGGGCAAGCCGCUGAGCUACAAAGGUUCAAUAUUCCAUCGAGUCAUCAAGUCCUUCAUGAUCCAAGGCGGUGACUUCACCAACUUCAACGGCACUGGCGGCGAGUCAAUCUACGGCGAGAAGUUUGAUGACGAGAACUUCGACCUCAAGCACGACAAGCCAUUCCUCCUGUCCAUGGCGAACUCAGGUCCGGGCACCAACGGCUCCCAGUUCUUCGUCACGACCGUUCCCACACCUCAUCUCGACGGCAAGCAUGUUGUAUACGGCGAGGUCAUCAACGGCAAGAACAUCAUUCGGAAAAUCGAGAACUUACCCACCCAGUCCGACAAGCCACAAGGAGGAGAUGUGGUCAUUGCAGACUGCGGCCAACUCGAGGGUGACAGCUACAACGCUGCAACCGAGAAGGCUCCUGAUGCGACCGGCGAUCCCUACGAAGACUUUCCCGAUGACCAGGCCGAAGAUUUGAAAGGCGAGCAGUACUACAAGAUUGCUGCAGAUCUGAAAGACUACGGCAACAAGGCGUUCAAGGCUGGAGAUACCGAGACCGGAAUCGAGAAAUACCAGAAAGCUCUCCGCUACCUCAACGAGUAUCCUGCGGCCAACGACUCCGAUCCCAAGGAUCUCCAAGCUCAGCUUGACGCCCUCCGUUUCACUCUCCACUCCAAUUCGACCCUGCUUGCAAACAAGGCAAAGCGAUAUUCGGAAGCCGAGAAAUGGGGUGGUUUCGCACUCGACUGUAUGCCCAAGGAUACCAAAGACCAGGACAAGGCCAAGGUUUACUACCGUCGUGCUCUGGCUCGAGUGGCACUCAAAGACCUCGACUCGGCAGUCAAGGACCUCGAGCAGGCCGCUAAGCUCGCUCCGGAAGACGCUGGUAUCAAGAAAGAGCUAGCGUCGACCAAGAGCCAAGUCCAGAAGAGCAUACAGAAGGAGAAGGCCAGCAUGAAGAAGUUCUUCUCUUAG